AUGUCGAAGACCAUCGCGCAAGAGACGGAGGAGGACCAGAAAAGCUACGAGAAGCUCCAGUGCUGGUGUGAUGCCGAGAAGAAGGAGAAGGCCGAGACCCUGGAUCAGGGAUCGGCAAAGAUUGCUGAGAUCGAGUCGUCUCUGGAUAGCUUGGCUGCAUCUCGCGCUACACUGGAGACUCACAUCAAGGACCUACAACAGCAGGUGGCCGAAGGACAAAAGGCUUCCGAGCAGGCUGCUGCCGUGCGGAAGGAUCAGAAAGAAAAGUUUGACAGCUACGAGGCUGACACCGAGACUUACCUGGUGAGCUUGAAGGCAGCGAUCGGAGUGCUCACAAAGAAGACCGGGCAGACAGCACUGCCUCAAACGACGGCUUUCAUGCAGAUGUUUUCGCGUGCGCCGCUCAUGCCUGAGUCGCGAAGAGAGCAGCCCCAGGCUGAGGCCUAUGACUCCGUGCCCGUUGACUCAGGGGAUUCCAGGGUGUCUGGGCUGGAUGAAGUGGACCUUGGAGCAGAGACAGAGAGGAGACUGCGAGGAAGCGCCGAUGCACUUGGAGGCCCUCGCGUUGAGGGCUGGUCGCCGGAGGAGGAGGCCGCGGUGAACCGGGGCCUGGGCGCUGCGAUGUCGUUCGCGCAGUCGGCGCAGGGGAAGAGUCUCGAGCUGUAUAGCCCGGGCUCGACCGGUGAGCUCAUCGGCAUGUUCCAGCAGAUGCUUUCGACCAUGGAGGGGGAUCUCAAGGAUGCGCGUGUCAAGGAGGCCCAGUCGGUUCGGGACUUCCAGGAAUUGCAGGAGGCACGCCGCGAGGAACUCCGCGAGGCCACCAGCAUGGUGGACCUGAAGAAGAGGGAGAGGGCGCACGCCAGCGAGGCACUUGCCCUCGCCAAAUCAGACAAGAAGCAGCUGAGCAAGGUGCUCGCGACCAGCAGGGAAGCCUUGGCGACGGUCGCCAAGCGCUGCCAGGACUCUGAGCGGGGUUUCAAGGACCGCAGGGAGGCCCGGCAUCAGGAGGACGCCGCCAUCCUCGAGACCAUCCAGGUCCUGACUGAUGGCGGCUCUUCAGCCACGAGCUUCCUGCAGCUGACCAUGGCCUCACGGGCACAAACACGGGCCCGCAGCGUGGCCUCCGAUACCCUGCGUGCGGCGGCCGCUCGUGGCACGGCCGAGGGCCGCGUGUCCCGGUCGCUCGAGGGCCUCGCCGCCGCGGCGGAGAGCGAGUCCUUUGGCAAGGUGCGGGAGGCCAUCGACGGGAUGAUCCGGGAGCUGAAGAUGCAGCAAAGCACGGAUGCAAAGAAGAAAGACUGGUGCAAGCUGGAGCUCUUUGAGAUUCAAAAGGCCACCGAGGCCGCCUCAGAUCAUCAGACCUCCCUGAACCUCCGGUCGUCGCAGAUGGAGCAAGACAUCAAGGCCUUGCAGGGUGACCUGGACCACACCGCCGCGAAGCGUUCCGAGCUGCAAGGCCAGCUGCAGGCGGCUUCGGAGGAGCGCAGGGAGGAGCAGACCGCCUUCCAGAAGACCCACUGGGACCAGCAGAUGACGCUCCGGGCCCUCCAGCAGGCAUUCCGGAAGCUGUCUGGGGUCUACGCGCCCCCGCUCUCCUUCUUGGCACGGCAGCCGCGGCAGGCCGCUGGCUACCAGAAGAAUCUGAUGGGCGGGACUGUGCUAAAGCUGCUGCAGACGCUGAUGGCUGAUGCAAAGGGCCUGGUCGAGAAGGCUGCGACUGCGGAGAACCAGGCCGAGGCUAGCUAUGGCCGCUUCGUGGAGGAGACGAAGACAAUGCUCGAGGCGCUGCAGGCGGACGUCGUUGCGAAGUCGCGGGCGAUCGCGACAGCCAAGAAGGAUCUCCUCCGAACGGGGCAGGAUGCGAGGGUGAACGCCCAGGAGCGAACGGACCUGGCCGCGCAGAAGGCAAAUCUCAAGGCCCAGUGCGACUCCUUGAUCAAGGACUUUGGCCAGAUCAGCGACAAGAGGCAGGCGGAGAUCGAGGCCCUGACCCAGUCGAAGGCGGCUCUGGUGGAUUGA